AUGUUCCCCCGUCCCCCUUUGCCUUCCUUUCAGGUGACGCUGCUGCACGAGCUGCCGCCGGCGCAGCAGCGUCAGGCACCGGGUAAGGCACACUCCACGUCGUCACCACCAUCGCCGUUAUACCCCUCACGUGCAUCCAUACAGAUGCACGAUGAGGCCGCCGCCAAGGCUAUGCUGCACGCUGUCCUUGAUAUGGCUUAUGACUGCACGACACCGCAGCGACGCUUUUGCAGCUACUCGCCCGAGGCAGUGCUGCGCAGUGUGCGAUCCCUCGUGGACAGUGAUCUCUGCACUCCACUGGUGGAGGCGCUGCAAGCCGCCGCGCGGGCGUAUGCGCAGCGCUGCGUGGAGGUGCUGUUGGCGCAGCAGCAGCAGCUGCCGCUCGGCGCUGGCACCCCGCAAGAAAUGGCAAACGGCGACACGGAGAGCGACGAGGAGGCCACGGCGAUGUCGGCGAACGCGACGCUGGGUGUGGUUCAGAUUCUGGCACAGCUUGUCACCUACUGGGAGCGGCUACAGCAGGCCCUGGCGGAGCUGUCGUCUGUGUGGGUCUACGCAGACCAGUGGUGCUCGAUGCAAGUCGGCAGCGCCAUGCCGCGCUCCCUCGUCGCUGCCGCUACGCAAGAGAUUCGUGAAGUUUUCAGCGGCUACCCGGAGCUCUGUGACACAGCGCUAGAGGGAUACGUGGCCGUACUAAAGGCGGAGCUGACGGCUGAUACGGCGGCGCUUCUCUCGGCGUCCCGCUCUGCGCGCGUGUCUUAUGCGCGCGUGUCUUAUGCGGCGGCGCUGCCGGACAAGCGUGCAGCAGCUUCUCCUGUGGGCUCGGAGCAGUCGGUAGCUUCCGCGCUGCCGCUCCCGAGCGUGGAUGCGACUCCGCUCGCCGCACUAGCGUGCCCGCCUUCUCUCGCCUCCCUCGACAAACCGCUCCGGCAGCGUCUGCUGCGCCUCUUCACUCAGCUCACCCUUGCCACUCAGCAAUACACAACGCGAGUGGAGCCGGCAGUGGUGCGCGUUGUGCGAGGUCACUACGAGGCGGUUGCGCACCGCUUGUGGGCUGAGAGCGUCAGCGGAAGAGUGUUUUUCCGGUUUUGCGACGGCGUUCUUAAACACGUCGGGCCGAUGUCGGCAUCCCUGCUUCACCCCGGGACGUCGCUGAUGCUGGAGGAGGCGAUUCAAGGGUCGUUGAUCAGCACGGUGGGUAACGAGGUGCUGAAGCGCGACUUUGUGGCCCUCAUGGAGCGGCAGGAGUACCGCUCGCUGCGUUUGGGGUGGCAGCUGCUCUCCGUCAGUGCUCGGGUGCGCAGCGCUCCGCUUGUCGCCGAUUUAUUUCACGAGUAUCUGAUGGACUGCGGCCAACGCAUCAUGGAGGAGCUGGUGCCCUCGUCGACCAAGGGCACACCCGCUGCGGCUCUGGUGCCUCCGUGCGAGCGCCCGUUCCUGGCAGUGCGGCACCUACUUGGUUUGCUGGAGCAAGGCAGCCGCACUGUCGCGAAGUGCUUUGCGGAGUGCGAGAGGGAUUUCAAAGUGGCGCUGCACGAGGACCUGCAGACAAUCCUCGAGGCCUACCCACAGGCCUUCUCGGAGCAGCUUGCCGCCUACCAGGAUGCCAUUAUGAGGGAGGUCGAGGUGGGGCACGUGCCGGUUGGCUCUUCGAAAUCGACGGCGCCGGUGGCGCUAGAGAGGAACAGAGAUAGUGACAACGACGACGAGGAGGACGUGUCGUCGUCGCCGCUGCGCCGGCCACGCGCUGAGGGAACGUCGCCGUCGUCGCGGCCGCCCGUUGGGACACCCUCGCCCGACCUCACACGGGCUGAGGAGGACGAAGGUGUUUCGUCGGGGCGGGAGGAGCCGGCAGAGGUGGAGGACGCGUCGGAGGGCGACGCCGUGAUGGGCGCGGCCGCACUGCAUCACGCCGCGCCGCUUCCGGCGGAGGUGAGGGAAGCUACGUCGGUGCUGCGGCGCAUCGCGCACAUCUACUCCUACCACCCCAAAAAGGACCUGUUCGAGGCGGCCUACUGGCGCGACUUUGCCAGGCGCUGCCUGAACGCGCACCGCAAGCUGAACAGCACAGCUGAAAACACAUUUAUUUGCUUCCUGCGCGACAUCUGCGGCCUCUCCUUCACCUCCAAGUUUGAGGGCAUGCUGACCGAUCUGACCUCGUCGACGGAGCUGACGACGCAGUACAACAUGUGGGUGCAGGAGCAGGAGCGGUCGCAGCAGCAGCAGCAGCCGUCCGGCGAGGAAGGUGCUGACACCGCGGCGGUGGGUCGACUCGUGUCAGAGACGAAGAGCCUCGAUACGCAUCUGUUCAUCCUGACGAAGAGCUACUGGCCCGAGUGCCCUUCGAUGCCCAGCAACUUCUACGUACCACCUGCUGUGCGGGGCAUCACGCAACUAGUGGAGAAGUUCUACACCGGCCGGUUCCCGAACCGCCACCUCAGCUGGCAGCACCCCUUGAGCCACGCGACCCUGCUCAUGCGGCUCACACCGCAGAGCUCCGCGCUGACGCUCACCGGCACGUACACGCAGUGCGUGUUGCUCAUGCUGCUGGACGCGCUCUACGACCGCGGUGUCACCUCCAUCACAGUCAAGGCACUGUGCGACGCUGUGGGGAUGUGCAUGACCAACACGGAGUUCCUGUGGUCGCUGCAAGGACUGUGUCAUCCACGAUUCCGCCUUGUCCUGCGCGAGGAGGCCGCCUCGUCGCCGCCUUCCGGCGGAGGGGCGCCGCGCAAAUCUGCAGACCUCGACAACGAGGACGACGAGUGCGCUGGGAGGGUCGAGGAGGCGGCCGCGUCAUGUACGUCACCGCUGUCCGCCUCGCCCGGCGCCGCCGCGGGUGCGUCCGCCGGCUGCACGCUCGCUGCCACGGACUUGCUGCAGUUGAACCUGAGCUUCACGUCUGCCACGAGCAAGGUGCGCAUUCCCUUUCAGACGCGCAUGCGCACCACGGCGUCUGCCGGCCUCGAUGGCCCCAGCCGCGGUGGUCGCAACGCCGACAACGGCGGUCAUCUGGUGGAGGUGGCCAUCGUGAGCUGCCUUAAGGCGCAACGCACCAUGACGCGCGCCGACUUGGCGAGCGCCGUAGCAGCGCAGGUGCCGUUUCCGGUGACAACGGCGAUGCUGAAGAAGGCGAUGGAGAAGAUGAUUGAGCGCGGCUUCAUGGUGCGGGGGAAGGACAGCACGUACGUCUACUCGGCAUAG